GGUAAUGGCCGCUUCCUGGAAGGCGCUGGCGUGUGGAACCUCUUAGUUUUCAGCAUCCGGAGCUUCAGGAAAGGGGUAUUUCAAGUCAGAAGUUAUCUUUGCACCCUUUCUUUGAAACCGUCAGCUCUCAAGAGUAAGAGGACAGCUCCAGAGCUCAUCAUGACCUCAGUUUCCACCCAGUGGGUCAUAGUCCUCAUUUCACUGCUUUCGGUGCUGCCCAUGGUUGAAGCAGUGGAAGCCGGAGAUGCAAUUGCCCUCUUGCUGGGUGUGGUGCUCAGCAUUACAGGCAUCUGUGCUUGUUUGGGAGUCUAUGCACGCAAGAGAAAUGGACAAAUAUGACUUUGGAGGGCCUCCUGAAUCAAACCUUGCUCCAAAACCCUUUGUGCCCUUAAAAUUAAAAAUGAGCGCUGGUGUUUAAAGGUUCCCAAGAAACAGUAAAUAGGCUAGUUUGACAAUCGUAAUUGUUUCCUUAGAAAUGGGAACACAUUGUUACCGGUUAAAUGGGCAGGGCAUUUUUUUUUUCCCCACAAGAAAUACUGCACUAGUAAAAUGCAGCCUAUAAUUUGUAUUUGCUAGGUAGAAGGUGAGUCGAAAAUGUAACAUCACUGAAAUUUACAUAGGUAAUAUUUCACAGUUUCAAGAUUCUCAAAGCAAAUAAUAUAGGAAGAAGGAAAUCUGCUCAGAUUCCUAGAAAACCACAUAUCUGUUAUAAUCACUGCCUCCUGAAUUCUUGGAGUCUUUUCUCCAUAAUUUUAUUAAGUGUUUUCUUUUUUAUUUCCCAGGUUAAUACUGUGUUUAGAUAUCAAAUACACUAGGUGAAAAAUUUAAAGUUACUUAAAUAUAUGGGGGUGGAGGGGUAAAUUUAGAAAAAUGUAUUCAGUGUAUCAGACAAUGAAGGAGAGAAAUUGUUUAUAUUAAUAGUGAAAUGAAGACAUUUAAUCUUAGGAAAAAAUAGACUUUUUAAUAACAACAUCUCGUGGUGAGACAUAAUGUAUUAAAUAUAGGCCCAUUGUCUUGUAUACUAAUGUGCAUUGUCCAUUUCUGUUCAUUUCAAGCUGUUUUUCAUCUUCGUGUGGACUUUUAUAUUACCUAAAUGAAAAAGGGCAAGAUGCCUUACUUGUAGUGAU